AUGGUGGUUCGUAUUUUCGGUAAUUUUCUUCAAUUUCUAGCUAUAGAAAAUAAUUCAACUAUAUACAAAGCUGUCCAGUUGAAGAAUAUAUGCUCUACUUCUGCACAUACGAGCCACAUACAUACACUCUCUCAAACAAAUUUUUGUAUGUCCGUAACGGCCAAAAAUUUCUAUCGGCGUCCAUUACCACCGAGCUGUGUGGAUUUUGCGUCUGAAGAGGGUAAACGUUUAUUUAGGGAGAGUCUGCUUGAUGGGAAUGCCAAUAUCUACUUCAGACUAGCCUCUCAGUUUCGAACGCAAGAUGAACCGGCGUAUUGUGGGCUUAGCACUUUGGUUAUGGUCUUGAAUGCGCUCGAAGUUGAUCCGGGCAGAGUCUGGAAAGCACCGUGGCGAUUUUAUCACGAAUCUAUGCUUGACUGUUGCGUUCCUUUAGAAAAUUUUUCGUGUUUGGCCACCUGUAAUCGUUUAAAUACCCUCGUACGAUAUGGUGAAGAAGGCAAAGGAUUUCUUACAAAGCUACGCGAAAAUGUCAUAGCUUCUGUGCAAAGCGACACGGAAGUGAUUGUGGCUAGUUACGACAGAUCUCAGCUGGAACAAACCGGCACUGGUUUGGAUUUUCUGUGUGAAUGCCACUUCUCACCCAUAGCCGCUUUCCACGCAGGCACAGACCAGGUGCUGAUUAUGGAUGUCGCAAGAUUCAAAUAUCCACCUCACUGGGUAACACUUAGUAGGCUGCAACAAGCCAUGUGCAGCCUGGAUCCGUCGACGCGGCGACCAAGAGGGUAUCUCAGACUUAGCCUUCGUCUGGGCUCAAGACCCUUGCUGGCCUUCGCUCUUAAGACAAAUAUAGGAUGCAUCGAUGCUGAUCUGGGAACCGCUGUGCUUUCGUGGAAGAAGUUUUUACUUUGCGAUGUGCGAGCUGAUGAAAAUGAAGAGUUGCAGUUAUGCUGCCUCAAAUUUGCCCAAUAUUUCUCCCCACAUGCGAUGUGCUGUAAUGAAAAGGAAGUCGGAGUAGAUAAGGCGCACAACUAUCAAGAUUCGGCUGAAUCUUUAUCAGAGGCAUGGCGAACAGUAUGUUCAGAAGUCCGCCAAACGACCAUUGCCAAGAUUUUCGCAAACAGUGCUGUCGCCGCGUUGAUGCUUGCUUGGCCUUUCGAGCCAGGCCAUUCGGAACGUAGCGACCGACUUGCCGAAUUAACGACGCGAGAAGUUCAAACUUUUUCAGCAGAUACUAGAAAUGAAAUUGCGCUUCUAAAAACUCAACUAGUGGUGCUCAUGGAAUGCUCACGUGCGCCGCCGUUCAUAACUGAUAUACCCAAAACUGAAUCACCUCAGAGCCCACCACAGAAACAUUGUAGCUGUAUAAAAGAAGUGAAGUUGUAAUCCGAUAGAUACCUCACAUACGUGUACUUGCAUGUGUAUCAAUGAAUCGUACUCUUUU